AUGACUAAUGUAUUUCUUUCAGGAUUUGAUGGAACAGUGACUGCUUCAACUUAUACAGUUAUAGGUAAUGAGUUUAAUGCAGCAAAUUUAGCUUCUUGGAUAACCACUUCAUAUUUAAUUACCUCAACUGCCUUUCAACCUCUUUAUGGUUCUUUUUCUGAUGUUAUUGGAAGAAGAAAAUGUUGCUUUUUUGCUUCUGGAACCUUUGCAUUAGGUUGUCUUGGUUGUUCAUUAGCUCCCAAUAUUAUGACUCUUAAUUUAAUGAGAGCUUUAACUGGAAUAGGUGGGGGUGGAUUAAUAACUUUAUCAACUAUUGUAAAUUCUGAUGUUAUUACUCCAAGAAAACGAGGUUUAUUCCAAGCUGUACAGAAUUUAUUACUUGGAUUUGGUGCAGUUUGUGGAGCAAGUUUUGGUGGAUUAAUUGCAUCAAAUUUUGGUUGGCGUUGGUGCUUUAUUUUACAAGUUCCUCCAUCUACAUUAGCAGUUUAUUUUGGAUAUAAAUAUAUUCGUAAUCAAGCUGGAUUUGAUGAAUCAAACCAUCAUUUGAAUGGAGAUGUUCUUACUAAAAUAGACUUGAAAGGUUCAGUGGUAUUGGUUCUUGCUUUAACUUUUCAAUUAUGUGUUUUAACAAUGGGAGGGAAUGAAUUUGCUUGGCUGGAUUAUAGAUUAAUAUUGAUAGGAAUAUUGGGUAUUGCACUUUUGGGAUACUUUAUUCAUAUAGAACUUCAUACAACUGCUAAACCUAUUAUCCCAGUUCGUCGUUUUAAAAGUCUGUUUACCGUAUUACUCUUAGCUCAAAAUUUCCUACUAGGAUUAUGUGCUUAUGCCUAUUUAUUUGCUUUACCUUUAUUAUUUCAUAUUGUAUUGGGAGAUUCUACUUCAAGAGCUGGUUUACGUUUAGCUAUUCCUUCUUUGGCUACCCCAAUUGGUGGUAUUAUCACUGGGGUCGUAAUGAACAAAUAUGGUCUACUUAAACAAUUAGUUUAUUGUGGUACCUUUAUUAUGGCCCUUGGUAAUUUUAUGUCAUUAUUGAUUAGUCCAAACGUUCCAAAUUGGUUAUUAGAUUUACUUUUAAUGCCUUCAAAUUUAGGUCAAGGAAUGGCUUAUCCAAGUUCUUUAUUUACUUUUAUUUUCGCAUAUGGAAAUCAGCAUCAAGCUACUUCCACUUCAACUAUUUAUUUGCUGAGAAGUAUAGGUGGUGUAUUUGGUGUCACUAGUGUGUCUGUCAUUAUUCAAGCUUUUCUCAAAUAUAAAGUAACUCACGACCUUCAAGAGUUCACGGAUUUGAAAAACCAUGAAAUUAAUAAAAUAGUUAGAGCUAUUACUAAAUCUACUGAUGCCAUAAAUACUCUUGCUCCAGAAAUUAAAACGUUAGUUCUUAAUGAUUAUGAAAGAGCAAUUAGAUUGUCACAAUUAUUUUUCAGUACUUGUUGUGGAGUUGCAUUUAUCUUAUGUUUAUUGAGAGACAUCUUAAGAUCUAAACCCAAUAAUGAUCAAUGA